UCUCAUCAACUCCUUUAACUUCUUUUGAUAAGAACAUAAAACCUGAGAUAGAAGAGACACUAGAGAAGUUGAAGUUUCUUCUAGACCAUAAAGAUCUUGGUCUGGAACGUGUGAGAAAUCAUAAGAAGCCAGAGAGGGUAUGUGGUCCUUUGGUGGAAGAAUCUGAUGUUUAUGGAAGAGAUGUUGAUAAAGAAGCUAUUGUUAAGUUGCUUCGGUCCGAUGACACAACUGGUGGUGACAAAUUGUCAGUGAUCCCAGUAGUGGGUAUGGGCGGUAUUGGAAAGACUACUCUUGCUCAACUUGUAUACAACGACGACAAAGUCAUUAAAAUGUUUGAUACCAGAGUUUGGGUUACUGUGGGAGACGAUGACAAGGUGAAUAGUUCUAAAGUGAUGAAAACAAUUAUUCUGAAGGUCACAUCUGCCAAAUGUGAAAGCGAAGAGGAGUUUGAGGUAUUAAAUGAAGUUAAGAAGGUUUUGACUGGGAAGAAGUUUCUCAUCGUUCUUGAUGAUGUUUGGGAUGAAGAUAGCAGCAGAUGGGAUGUUAUAAAAAGUACUUUUCAAUCUGGGUUGCAUGGAAGCAAGAUCAUAGUGACAACACGUAGCAAUAGGGUUGCAUCAAUAAUGGGAACUAAGUCAUCAACUUAUUCCCUAAGCACUAUAUCUUUUGACAAAGGCUGGCAGUUAUUUGUUAGAUGUGCUGCAAUCGAUGUCAACUCACACGAGUACUCAGAUUUGCAAGCAAUUGGUCGAAAAAUUGUUGAAAAGUGUAAUGGUCUUCCUCUAGCUAUAAAAUCACUUGGGGGACUUUUACGUGGGAAGCAAAAUAAAGAGGAUUGGGAUGACAUAUUAAACAACGAUAUAUGGGAGUUGUAUGAGAGGGAGAGUGUAGGUAUUCUUCCAGCUUUAUGGCUGAGCUAUUUUUAUUUACCUUCACAUUUGAAGUCUUGUUUCUCCUAUUGUGCUAUAUUUCCUAAAGAUUAUGAAUACAAUGAAGAAGAGAUGAUCUUAUUGUGGAUGGCUGAAGGUCUUUUACUUCCUAGCAAGGGAAUGAGAAUUGAAGAAAUAGGAAAGAAGUGCUUUAAAGAUCUAAUCUUAAUGUCAUUUUUUCAACCAUCAAAUUACAAUAGGAAGGAGCCAACUUUUCUCAUGCAUGAUCUUAUACACGAUUUGGCAAUAUUUGUUUCUGGUGAGUUUUGUUAUAUGAUGAAUAAUAGCAGUAAAUUCUCACAUAAGGUUCGCCAUUUUUCGUACAUGCAAGAAUGUGCAAAAGCUAAUGAACCUAAGGAAUUUGAGGAGUUAUUUAAAGCUAAGUGCUUGCGUACCAUAUUGUGGCAACAAGGUUCAAGCCAACUAAAGUUGUUAAAGAUUGAGCACUUGGAUACAUCAUUUCCAAGCUUGAGAGUACUAUCCAUAAACGACUGUUAUACCACAAAGCUUCCUAAUUCAAUAGGAAAUUUGAAGUAUUUAAGGUAUUUGAAGUUAGAUUGUGAAGAUAUUGAAGAGAUACCUAAUACAAUAUGUGAGUUGUAUAAUUUGGAGACUUUGUUGUUGACGGAAUGUGAAGGAGUUACUCGACUACCGAAUGAUAUAGGAAAUUUAAUCAAGUUGCGACAUCUUACUGUUCCUUGGAAAUUAGAAGAGAUGCCAUUGCAGUUGGGGAAGCUACAAAAACUGCAAACACUAAAUAAAUUUGUUGUGGGGAAUAGUAAAGAUUGUGGUAGCAUUAAGAUGUUGGAAAACCUUCAAGAACUACGAGGAAGUCUUUCUAUUCACGGAUUAAGAAAUGUGAGUAGCCUUGAGGAAGUUUCAGAUGCAACACCAUUAUUGAAGAGUAAGAAGUUUCUUAGUCUAUAUUUGGGAUGGGCCGGUAAUCAUAAAGCUGAACUUGAUUUGCACAAAGAAAGAGAGCUACUCAAUUCCCUCCAGCCACAUCCAAACCUGAGGGAACUUACAAUUUGGAGUUACAAAGGCAACUGUUUCCCAAAUUGGAUGGGAGAUUGUUGCUGCUUGUCUAAUUUAGUAAGCCUGAAGAUGGUAAAUUGUCAUAAUUGCAUCUGCUUGCCGUCGUUGGGACAACUGCCUUCUCUCAAAGUUCUUUUCAUUGAGCAUUGUGGUGUGGUGAGAAUAGAUUCAGAGUUUUAUUGCUCUACUAGUACUAGUAUUGAUUCUUCAAUUGCAAUACAAACAAAGCCAUUCUUUAGAUCUUUGGAGAACUUGAAAUUUGAAUAUUUGUCUAAGCUUGAAGAGUGGUCAUUUAUAGAAGGUGGAGUUUUUCCUCGUCUUAAGAAUCUGCAAUUUAAGUGGUGUGAGAGACUCAAAGUGUCAUUGUUAGCAGAUCAUUUUCCGUCAUUGACAGAGCUUGAAAUAGUUGAUUGUGAGGAACUAAUACCAUUAUUACUCCCAAGAGCUCAACUCAUGGAGGCCCCUUUGAUCAGUUUAAAGAGAAUCAUGAUUAGCGAGUGUUUCAACUUGACGCGCUUUGACGACACGGCCUUUCAGCACCUCACCUCCCUUGAGGAGUUGAAAAUUAGACAUUGCAGUAACCUCCAAUGCUUGCCAAAAGAACUACCCACUUCUCUUUCUGAUCUUUACAUCACUGGUUGUAAAUUGCUAAGACCACGAGUCGAGAGGGAGACAGGGAAGGACUGGCCAAUUAUUGCUCACAUCCCAAAUAUAAUUGUGGAUGACAAGAAAACAUAG